GUACUCUUGUUAUAACCUGAAGAUUGGAUUUUUACUUUUUUAAUUUUAUUUUUCCUCCUUCGUUUCCUACAUUUUUCAUCCUUAUUAAAUUGUAUGUUCUGUGAGAGGUUUUAGCUUGAUAUUUGUGUUCUUUCUUUUUUGGGAAUCUUUGUUGGUUCAAAUUUGGUAAGAAAAUAUAAUUAAUUUUUUUUAAAAAGAUUUUCUACACUUUCUUGGCAACCAAAUGCAUUCCAAUUAAGGUAAUUCCAGUUCUGAAGAUUAAUAAAUGCCGUAGGUGAUAAAUCUUAUUUUAUUUUAUAGAGUUUGUUGUAAUUGUUGUGGUUUUUGAAUUCAAUGAUAAGAUAAAUGGCUGAUUCUUGCAGGCAUUUUGUGAUCAUUGUCAUUGCUUUGUUUGAUAAGCAUGCAUGUCUUGGCUGUGUUUGGUUGUGCAGAAGUGGACUUGAUUUGGACUUCCAAGAUGUAGAGUUUAAAUUUUUUUAUCUUAAAGCAAUUAAAGAGAGGAAUCUGAAUCAGGACCUCCAAUUCCAGUUCCAAUUCCAUGUGACCAAACACAGCCUUAGGGUUGGCAAAAAAUCUUGAUAGGGAAGGUUGCACCUCUUCUUUCUCUUAAAGCAAUUAAAGAGAGGAAUCUGAAUCAGGACCUCCAAUUCCAAUUCCAUGUGACCAAACAAAACCUUAGGGUUGGGAAAAAACCUUACUAGGGCAGGUUGCACGUCUUCUUGCUCAAGUUUGUCUCUCUGUGUCUGUCAUCCAUGCCACCAUUGGCUAAAACAACCAAUAGUUGAUCGGUUGUCAACCCCAUUGAACAAUGGUUAUUUCGGAGCAGACAUGGAGACAGGCAGUGGGGCAGAGGAUGAAAGGUUUUAGCACUUUGCUCGAGAACAGGUGUAAUCUGCAUUUCUUUUUAGAACUUCCAUCAUUCGAUAACUUAUGCCUUGGCUUAACAUUCCAGGUAUGCAGCUCUUCACACUGGCUACAAUGUGUCAUUUUUUCAGAUACUAAAAUAAUUAUAUGCUUGGUAUCACUUUGCUGCUGGAGGUUAAAUGACAUCCAUGUGGAAAUGGAAAAUUACGGAUGAAGUGUAUGACAGUCUUGAAUAACAUCUGCAGAACAAUUCCAAAAAAUACAUGGAGCAAAUAAGAAACACAAUGAUGCAACAUGAGGCGUUGUUCAAGGAACAGGUUCAGGCACUGCACAAGCUGUACAGUAUCCAAAAAUCAGCAAUGCAAGAAAGACAGAAACAAAUUUAUUCUCAAGCCCAAUUUCUGGCAUUUAGUUCUGAAAAACUUGCAUUUGCGGAUGGUCAAAUCAGUGGUUCUGUUCUGGAAGGGAAGCCUUUGAGGCCUGCCUAUGUUCCUGUUGCAGCUGACAAAGAAGAAUCACUUGCUCUUUCUUUGCAACCUUUUAGUGCAAUGAAUGGGUUUAAAGGCUGUGGUUCAUUAUGGACAGACAGCAGAGGACUCAAAACUUCCCACACUGCUCAGAGCAAAUCAAUAAGAAACUUUGAUCUUGAAAGACUCCCAGAAGACUAUAUGGAUGAGUCUGAGAUCCAGGUUGUGUCAAAAUGUUCUGACAUGCCAGGUGCUAACUCAAUUUUGUCUAAAAGAACACUGUACAAAGAUGAAAAUUCUUUUCUUGGAGCCAAAAUCUCUUUCAGUCAAGUGGAUUCUCCAAGUUCAAAGCAGAUGCAAGGAGAAUCAGACUUGAGAAUCCUAUUGGUUCCAAGGAAGGAAAUCAAUCAAGAUUGUGAUGGGUCUUCAGAAGGCAAAGUUGAUAGUACUAAUAUUAAGAAGUAUGCUACAGUCCUUCAGAAUCUAAAUAACACUACUCAUAGCACAACGUCACAAGAUUUUCCACUGAAGUAUACACCUGGAGUCGGAAACUUCCAUGCAUGCCAGGAUUCGAGCCCUUCAACUCUUUCUCAUAUGGACAAGCAAAUGUCAUUGCAUCAUCAGGGAUUAUUGGUUCUCAUGACCAAGGGGUUAAAUCCUGUUGAAUCAGAGAAAGGUCAUCUUGAGAGAACCACAGAGCAAGUCACUGACAGCAGUGUUCAAGUUUUGAAGCAAUUACAUCAACAUCCAGAAGGUGAAAGUAUGGUUGCAACAACUCACCUGAAAUUGGGGGAACAGCCGAAUGGUUAUAUUUGUGGAGCUUCAUUUUCUAAAAAUCCUCUCAUUUUCUCGGUAGGUUCUUCAACCCUGGAACCAGUGCCAAGUGAAACUAAAGAUCUUGAAAAUUUCCUUGUCCAAGGAUCACGGUCCUCAGAAACAAACUCAAUUUCUGGAAAGCAAAUUUCUCACCCAUUUUCUUUGCCCAGCCCUCCAAAAAGCAAAGAUGGUGGAAAUGCAAAUUCCAAUGACUUGGGUACUGAGAAUUCCAAUGGCUCGGGUAAUGGAAGCAAUAGUGUUCAUUCCCAAGAGUCCCAAGAUACAAAGAGCUGUCAGGAUGAUAAAACUAGCAUGCAUGUGAAGGACACGCCUGGAUUUGGUGAUGGUUAUAGUGAGGCAGGCCAUGCAAGCCAGGGCAGAGGUGAAGCCACUGAGUCUGAACUUGAAGAACUGCUCCUGGCUGAGGAUGGUGCUAAACCUUCUUUCUCCUCUACCAUUUCUGAAAUCAAGCACAUGGACAACUGUUCAAAUGGUGAUCCUAAAACCAUCACAAACUCCAAUGAACAUCUUGUAACAUCCAUCGGUGAGGACCUAAAAGAUAAAUCAACCCUGGAGAGAGUACGAGAAAACAUUGCAGCAGAGAUUUUGCUCAGUUUUGCACCUAGUGGGCCACAUGCUGAUCACAAACGUACUCAAAUUGAGGCUGAGUCUGGAAGAUCAAGCGGAGGCACUAUGAGUUCUGAUAAGAAGUGGAAUCUUCGAGAGAGAAGGUGCACCAAUUAUAGCAGCAACAGUGGCAUGAACGAAUCCAUGAGAUGGACAAAAUCUGUUCGCAGAACACGGACCUCCAGAAAACCCCGAUAACCAGUUUGAAGAUUGUUGUACAUAGUUGGUUGAUCUUCUUCUGUUUGGAACUUCAAUGAUUAGAAGCAUUUAUGUGACAACCUGCUUUGUCUAUAUUUAGAACAUUGGUGUGGUAUUUUCCCCAUCUUCUGAGUGAGGAUGCUAAGUGUGAAGUGCUUAUAGCCUUAUACAAAGAUGUAAAAGCUAACACAAAUACUAUCCAACCAUACGGAAAUGUUGCGACUGUUUUUGAGUUUUCUUGAAUGAGAAAAUGUAUAUGUUUUUUCAUAA